AGGACCGCAUGCUAUGGUUGUUCGGAGAAUUUUCGGAUUCACGAUCUUAAAGUCAUAUGAUUCACAGCAAAUAUAGCAACAAAUAUCUCAAUUCGUAUUUUCCAAAGCCACGAAACGCGCAUUGAGUUUGGAGCGAUAUCUGAAGUGAAGAUUGAAGACGUGAUAGAAGAUGGACGACUACUGCUAUGCUAAGAUGGCGACGUCCGCUAAAAGAGAACAUGAAAGAGAAUCAGCGCCACCAACGGAGAACAAUCUGAAAAGCGAAGAUGAAGACGUCCAGCAGCUGAUCGGUAAUCCAGAAGAAGUUUCCCCUCAGUUAGGGGGGAGCUCCACUUUGAAGCAGGAGACUCCACAACCACCCUGCAUUAAAAAGGAAGAGGAGGAACUCUGCAUCACUCAGGAGGGAGAGUGUCUUCUAGGACGAGAGGAAGCUGAUUACACCAAGUUUCCACUGAGUAUUCUCUCUGUGAAGACUGAAGAUGAUGAAGAGAAACCACAAGUAGACAACAUCUUAGUUCCACUAUCAGAUAGUGAGGCUGAAGACGAGGUUGAAGAACCUUUGAGCAGCGAUACAGACUGUGAAGGUGAUAUGAGGACUCACACUGACAACAAACACUCUGAAUGCUCUACAAAGAAGAGAGGUAAAACAUGUUUGAGCUGCUCAGUUUGUGCUAAAAGUUUUACUAAAAAGAGCAGUUUGAGUCGACACAUGAGAACACACACAUGUGAAAAAACAUUCAGUUGUUCAGUUUGUGGCAAAAACUUUUCUCAAAAUGGCUCUUUGACUCAACACAUGAGAACACACACAGGUGAAAAACCAUUUAAUUGUUCAGUUUGUGGCAAAAGGUUUUCCCAAAAUAGGGAUUUGACUAAACACAUGAGAACACACACAGGUGAAAAACCAUUUAGUUGUUCAGUUUGUGACAAAAGCUUUUGUCGAAAUAGCCAUUUGACUCAACACAUGAGAACACACACAGGUGACAAAACAUUCAGUUGUUCAGUUUGUGGCAAAAACUUUUCUCAAAAUGGCUCUUUGACUCAACACAUGAGAACACACACAGGAGAAAAACCAUUUACUUGUUCAGUUUGUGGCAAAAGCUUUUCUCAAAAUGGCUCCUUGACUGAACACAUGAGAACACACACAGGUGAAAAACCAUUUAAUUGUUCAGUUUGUGGCAAAAGGUUUUCUCAAAAUAGGGAUUUGACUCAACACAUGAGAACACACACAGGUGAAAAACCAUUUAGUUGUUCAGUUUGUAACAAAAGCUUUUGUCGAAAUAGCCAUUUGACUCAACACAUGAGAACACACACAGGUGAAAAACCAUUUAAUUGUUCGGUUUGUGGCAACAGCUUUUCUCAAAAUGGCUCUUUGACUCAACACAUGAGAACACACACAGGUGAAAAACCAUUUAAUUGUUUAGUUUGUGGCAAAAGGUUUUCUCAAAAUACGGAUUUGACUCAACACAUGAGAACACACACAGGUGAAAAACCAUUUAAUUGUUCAGUUUGUGGCAACAGCUUUUCUCAUAGCGGCUCUUUGUGUCGACACAUGAGAACACACGCUGGAGAAAAACCAUUUAUUUGCUCAGUGUGCUGUAAAAGGUUCACAUAUAAUGCAGACGCAGUUAAACACAUAAAAACACACAAGGGAAAAUAACAAAUUAGCUGUUUAGUUUGUGGUAUGUUGCUCAUAUGUGGUGACAUCCACCCUACCCAAGACCUCCUCACUGCUUCUUUCACAAAUAUCUGAGGUAUUCAUAUAAACUUGGAUUAGUUGAAGCAUAAUCUUAUCCACUCAUGACCCCAUGUCUUCUCUGUAUCUGAAACCUUCCUGAACAGUAAGAUAGAUGAUGCUUCAAGUGCUUGGUUACUCCUUCUUCAGUCCAGGGACCUGGGGCCUCAUGUGUCAAGUUUGUGCACGCUCAAAAACCUGCACUACACCCUUUUUCACUGCAAAGUUGAGAUGUAUCAAAACUGACGUUCAUGCAUAAGUGAUGCUGGGUAACUGUUCCCACAAUGGACCACAAUGGAAACAAGCCUUUUGGCUUUUUGUGCCAUCCAUUUGCCUUUUUAAA